AUGCCUCGACUUGGAUACUUAUUGCUGAUACCUCCUCUGCUUCGGCUCAUCUCAGCUACGCCGGAUACUGAUAUCGGCAUGCGCAUCCGCGCUGAUCAGAGCGAUGUUAAUUACAUGAUGGAAAGCCGCGACAUCAAACGCAAGCCUGAGCCCAAUGGAGAAAAUACCCACCCCAUCCCGACUCAACCGACAUCUAAGAAUUCGAACAUUGAAAAAAGGAGCAAGAAACCCGCAGGUCCUAAGACCACCGCCCCCAAGAAGGCUGCCACUCCUAAGAAGGCUGCCACUCCUAAGAAGGCUGCCACUCCUAAGAAGGCUGCCACUCCUAAGAAGGCUGCCACUCCUAAGAAGGCUGCCACUCCUAAGAAGGCUGCCACCACCAAGAAGGCUGCAGCAUCGAAGAAAGCAGCAGCACCGAAGAAAGCAGCAGCACCGAAGAAAGCAGCAGCACCGAAGAAGACAGCACCCAAGAAGGCAGUAUCUAAGAAGACAGCUGCCAAGAAGAUACCGUCCAAGAAAGCAGGCCCCAAGAAUAAAGUUGCCAAGAAGACAGCUUCCAAGAAAGCAGGCCCCAAGAAGACAGCUGCCGAGAAAGCAAGCCCCAAGAAAGCACCAUCGAAGAAGACAGCUGCCAAGAAGACAGCAGCCAAGAAAGCAGCUUCCAAGAAAGCACCAUCAUCCAAGAAAGCAGCAUCUAAGAAUACAGCUUCAAAGAACAAGAAGACAGCUGCUAAGAAGACAGCAUCCAAGAAAGCAGGAUCCAAGAAGCUAGGAUCCAAGAAGACAGCCCCCAAGAACAAGAAAACCGCUUCCAAGAAGGUAGCACCCAAGAAGACUGCUUCCAAGAAAACAGUUCCUAAGAAGACUGUUAAUCGCAAGAAUAAGGCAGCUUCCAAAAAGACAGCAUCCAAGAAGGUGGCUUCUAAGAAGGCAUCUUCUAAGAAAGCAGGUCCCAAGAACAAGAAAGCCGCUUCCAAGAAAGCAGCCCCCAAGAACAGGAAAACUACUUCCAAGAAAGUAGCAUCCAAGAAGGCAGCAUCCAAGCAGGUAGCUUCCAAUAAGGCAGCUCCUAAGAAGGGAGCUUCCAAGAAAGCAGGUCCCAAAAAGGCUGUUAAUCGCAAGAACAAAUCAGGGUCCAAAAAAGGAGCUUCUAGUCGGAAGAAGACUGCUUCUAGAAAGGCCAGUCCUAAGAAGGCUACCCCGAAGAAGGCUCUUGGUAGUAAGAAGACUACGAGCAGUAAGAAGGGGACUUCUUCUACCAAGGCUUCCAGCAACAAGAAGGCUAAAGCUACCAACAAGGCCACUGGAAAGAAGCCCAACCAGGAUGCUAAGAAUGCUGAUCUUAAGAAAGAGGACAAGGGCAACAAGAAGACCGAUGCCAAGAGCGAAGCGAAAUCCUGCUCGCUUAAGAAGCGCGUCCUAGGAGAAGAGCCCAAGCAUGCGGCCGAUCCAAGUCCAGACAGUGAUGGACCAAAGAAAUGGGUCGUGCCGGAGGAUAGAUUUGUGUCCUCCAAGGUGUUGGGGAAAGGCGACGAGGUGAUCGUGAACGAUCUGAGCGGCUGCACUGGUACCGUCCUCUGGGAUGAACAAAACAACCCCUCCGUUCAACAUAUACACGCUACGAAGGAAGAAGAACACACGAAGGCUUUGCCUAACAGGCUUGAGGAUUCAGAUAUCAAUACCUCCCACGCCCACAUCAUAGCGAGUAACAACGACAGGUUCGACAAGGUUAAAGCUCAGCUUCUGGAGAAGUACCCGCAUCUGGAAGAUGGUCCUGACACUCCAGAGGAUAAGAAGAAGAUUCAACGGGUCUCAUAUAAUUUGGAUACAGAAAAUCGCCCUCUGGAAAGGCAUCAAUUCAGAGUUGUUCCAGGGACCGGGAAAGUGGAACGACUGCCAACAUAUAAUAUAGACCCUAAUUGUGGCUAA